CUCAUACUAUCGUUGUCGCCUUUUCAAAGCCCUAUACAUUUCUCUCCCCGAUUUUCUCGAUUCGAACCGAUACAUGAUUUUCUUCUAGUCUUUCGGGGAUCGGGUCACAGUAUUCUAGUUAAGCAACAAAGAAAAUGAAUGGAAGAAGGGGACACUGGGAUCCACGUUCCGAAACUGGUGCUCCUUUUGCAGGUUUUGAUGGCCCUAGGGGUCGCCAGAUUCCAGUUCCUGGGGUGUUUGGGGCACAUGACCCUUUUGAUCACCCUUUCUUUACAGAUCCAUUUGGCUUACCUGGCAGGGUUCCUUUAAUGAAUACACCUCUGCCUGGUGUCCAUAUGGGUAGAAGUCCAGUUAUGCCUGCUCCUAUGCCUCAUUUUCCUAUAGAUGAAAGUCCCUUUAACCAUGCCCAUCUGCCUAAUUUCCACUUUGGGGGGCAUCCAUUCAUGAACACAGGUCCAACUAACUUCCCUAUUGGGAAUAACCCUUUUUCCAGUUCACCUCUUCCAUUUGGUUUUGGUACUGAAAUUUCUGCAAUGAACGUGCAAGCACCUGAGUUCAUCGACGUAAAGUCUUCCCAAAUGAACAGGUCCAAGGGACCGAUUAUAGAAGAGUUGAACUCUGAUGAUGAGAAGGAAAUGGACGACCAAGAGGAGAAAAACGGAUCUAAGGGGCCAAUUAUUGAAGAGUUGAGCUCUGAUGAUGAGAAGGAAAUUGAUGACCUCAUGGAGAAAAAUGAUAACCCUAGAAAGCAUGAUAGGCGAAGAAAAGAGGCUUAUGCUGAGGAUCAAGACUAUCAAACAGAUGGAAUGAACAAAAGGCAAAUGCUUUUCUGCAAUAAGUCUAAUAGUGUGAAUAAUGCACAAUUGAGUGGAAGUCAUAGCAGUCAGAGCUUUACUUUUCACAGCUCGACUGUUAUGCAUGGUGGUUCAAAUGGAACAUACUAUACUAAAUCCAGAACGUUGAGAAGAGGGACUGAUGGAUUAAUGAUCGAUGAGAGCAAAGAAGCUGAUUUUACGACUGGUCGAGCUGCUCAUAGGCUCUCUAGGGCAAUUAAUGACAAAGGCCAUACUGUUGCAAGGAACCUACAGUCAGAUGGUAAUGUCGAUACCAUGCAGAUUUUGCACAAUCUGGAGAAAGAUGAUCUUGCUACUUUUGAGCAAACAUGGAAUCAAAGUGCUAGUAAAAGUUCGCCUGGAUGGAGCGAAGGCUUAUACAUGCAGAAUGGCUCCGGGAGUAGUAGAGAGGGUGUUCUGCAAAGAAGGGCAAUUCAGGCUCUACCUUCGACUGAAAACCCUCAUAUUUUGGGUGGUACGCAACCAGGUGUAAGCAGCAGGCCUGGUUAUUCUGAGUUUCAUAAUCCUGAGAGGAUGGAUGUGAACAAUGGAGGUGGAGGCAAUUCUUUUGGGGGUAGAUUUUAAUGUCAAAAAGGGAGGUGUCGGCAACUAUCAAGUAAGUUUCAGGGAGAUUAGCCAUUGCACAGGGACCUUGUACACAUUCCUUUUAGCAUAGUACACCACUUCAUCAUUUAAGACGCACAUAUAUAUAUUUAGCAACUCAGAGAGUAACACGAUAUUGGCUGUGUGCAUGCCUAUGAUCGGUAAUAUGCUACUGCUUAAAGAUUGCAUAUUAUGGUAGACUUUGCACCCAAAUUUAUGGUCCGACUUGGAAUACAUUUAAUUUUCAUGCA